UGCACAUAAGAGCCAAUACAGUGGUGCAUGGGCCUCUCUCUGCGCUGGCAGCAAUGGAACUUCCCGGGCUGACGGGCGGGCGGGCGGGCGCGGUGCGCAUGCGCCCGGCCGGUUUCCGCCUUCCGGGAAGACAAGAUGGCAACACUUCGGCCAUAUCUGAAUGCCGUCCGUGCCACCCUUCAAGCAGCACUGUGUCUGGAAAACUUCUCAUCACAGGUGGUGGAGAGGCAUAAUAAACCCGAAGUGGAAGUGAGGAGCAGUAAAGAGCUUCUACUGCAGCCUUUGAUCAUCAGCAGGAAUGAGAAGGAGAAGGUCCUUAUUGAGGGCUCAAUAAACUCAGUACGAGUCAGCAUUGCAAUCAAGCAGGCAGACGAGAUUGAAAAGAUCCUUUGUCACAAAUUCAUGAGGUUUAUGAUGAUGCGAGCAGAGAAUUUCUUCAUCCUCCGGAGAAAAGCUGUUGAGGGUUACGAUAUCAGCUUCCUGAUCACCAACUUCCACACUGAACAAAUGUACAAACACAAGCUGGUUGAUUUUGUCAUCCACUUCAUGGAGGAGAUUGAUAAAGAAGUCAGUGAAAUGAAACUGUCAUUAAAUGCCAGAGCUCGCAUCGUUGCAGAGGAGUUCCUCAAAAAUUUCUGAUGCUGCUUGCGUUUGCUUUCAACUGUCAAGACCAAGGUUACGAGGAACUAUGUGAAACUGCACUGCUGGAAAGAAGCUUUGGGGCAGGGGUGGGUGUAAUCAUCUGCUGAAAGGGGGCUCAAACAAUAUCCUGACCAGCUUGCUGGAAGGAGCUUGUAUAAUAACUCAACCAGACUGCUGGCUUUAUUAUUAACAAAUCAUUUUUCAAUUGAUACUGUAUUUACAGCAGCAUAUUAUCUGCUGUAAUUAGUUCUUUCACAAAUUGAAGGGACCGAGCUAUACAUUUGUAUUUUGAAAAAUAAAAACUUUCAUUCAUA